UUUCUACAAGUGUACAUGUAUGUAUAUAACCCUUCACGGAGCCUCAUUUUUCAAUACUUCACACAGAUAGAUAAGCAAAGGUCAAGUUAUCUUCUAUCAUCUGCGACACCUCUCAAGCUUCAUCUCAUAACCUCAGUGGACAGGGAGAACGAAUUCACCAUGUUUGUAUUUUUCGCUGCCCUGUUGUCGUCUGCAUCCGCAGCAAAGUUCUGCUGUUCCCCGGACCAGUGGGAAGGGGACGCGGGGUUAGUUAUGGGUAUUGUAAACCAGGGCAAUGCAAUCACCGUGGAGGGAACGAUGAGAAUGUCUUAUGACAGCGUGAACAGAAUUGUCGCCUACAACCAGACACUGACAGUUGACGGCAAUCCCGUAAUGCAGCGAGUUGUCAACGACCAUAAAAAUAACAUUAUGUACACUAUGACCGGUAAUGAUUGUAAGCGUACUGUAGCCGCACCAUGGAUCUCAGGAUGCAUACCCGACAAUGCCACAGAGACAGCAAGUAACAUGUAUUAUGGCCUCGGGGACAACUCUGUCAAAAUAAAAGCAUAUUUGAUACAGUAUGAAGGGUAUGAGGUAUAUCUAGCCGUCACUACCGACACCUGUGCACCCGUUUCUGAAGUUCUUACAGGCAAUCUGGAGGCUAUUACUGGACAGAAAUAUGGAGCUACAACGGAAACUAUGGAGUCUCUUGUAUUUGCAAACAUCAGUCCUGGCAUUGCCAACAGAGAAGUGUUCUAUAUCCCUGCACAAUGCGCGCCCGCAACGGGUCAAGCAGUUGGUCGACGUUCUCCGUUUGUCUUGUAAAAGCGAUGUCUUAUGGAUAUAUAACAUAGAUGAAAAUAUAUUGAUAGUUGCGA